UGUCAAAUCUGGGGUUUUUAACAAGUUAUGUUGGCGACAAAUUUACUUGUCUGAGUGCUUACUGAUUAGUGAUUAGCGUGUCCCAAUUAAAAAAAUAUAAGUAAUAAAUAAUUAAUUGGAAAAGUGAUAAGAAAAAUUAGGAAUGAAAAUCUUUAAAACCGCACGAAUUAAUUCCCAAAAAACGAUUCAUGUUUAUUCCGAAAAGUCAUGACCGUUUGACAGUAAUUUUUUGACAGUUUCUGCAUUUAUUUUAUUAUUAAUUUGUGAAUAAUUGAGCUACAAAACGUGGAAAUUGCAUGUUAUAUAAACUGUGGAUGUUUCCAAGCCAUUUCUUCGCUUGCUGGUUAAAAUACAGCGAAGUUGUGACGUAAUUAUUGACCUUUUGAACUGGGAUUGACCUCCCUGUGGCCAUCUAGUUAACUGUAACCGAAUGUUUACGAGUUCUUCAACGUUCAUUUUAAGUGACAACCACCAGUGAUCAAAAUGAACUCUGAUUCCAAUAAAGAAUAUUCCGUGAACUGGAAAAACCACAUGGACCAUGUCCGAAAAGCGUUUGAUAAUUUAUUAACCUCAAACGAAUUAACCGAUGUUACUUUGUGUUGUGAAGGGCGGAAGAUUAGGGCGCACAAAAUGCUCCUUUCCGCAUGUAGCACCUACUUCCGGGACACUUUCAAAGACGUGCCUUGCCAACACCCAGUGAUCAUUUUAUACGGGGUGGAAUAUAGUGUUUUAUCAGAUAUACUUCAUUUUAUUUACAAUGGGGAAGUUAGUGUCGAUACCUCGAAAUUAGACUCUUUUUUAAAAACCGCUCAGUUGUUGCAAAUCAGUGGACUCACCGAUGACACCAGUGACAAACUUACAAGUGAUAGUGAACAAAAUGCACAAACGGCCACUACUAGGGAACCGACACAGGAAACUUUCACAGAACAAAUUUCAAUAUCAACAGCGAGUGAAGAUCCUAAAAAAGCGAUUAAGAGAAGAGUACAGGAACCGGAAGUAACACAGACGCAGAUUAAACUGGGUAGACAAGAAAGUGAUACACUUUUUAUGUCUGAUAUUAAAUCAGAACCCAGUGAGUUUGUUAAUUAUGAGGAUCCUUUGGAGGAUCCACUUUUACAAACUGAACAAUCAAAUGAUACUAGGGAAUUUUUUGGGACGGGUCAAAGGGGCUGCGAGGAGGACAUCAAAAUUGAGAGGACAAUUCUCGAAUCGCCAACGGUACUGGAUAUCGACACAAAAAUCAAACAGAGUAAUUUUUCCGAGGACUGCUUGAAGUGUUCCAUUUGCAACAAAAUGUUCUCGCAUCCGUACAGCUUGCACCAUCACAAAGCGGUGCAUUCGGGCAAUACGCAAUGUCCGAUAUGUCACGCCGUACUAUCGCGAAAAUACAACUUGAAAAUGCACAUGAAAGCACGACAUAACGUAUGUGAGGAUGACGAGCUUCCACCCCACGUUUGCAUCACAUGUUUUCAUUUAAUUGCAAAGUUUUACACAUUUAAGAAGAAAAUGGAACGGAGCGAUAGGAUUUUAAGGACGUACCUAAAACAGAAUAAAAUGAAACAAAAGGAUAUCCUAGACAUAGCGAUCAGCGAAGCCCAGAUUGAACAAUCUAACAAUGAAGAUUUUGGCGAAGUUAGUGAAGAAGACAUUCCAUUAAGCAAGCGUCAAGUGAAGAAAAGUGCGCGUUUGAUGAGGAAAAGUAAAGUCAAAGCUAACAAAAUGAUCGACGACUUUAUCAAAGACGACAAAGGCAAUGUCAUCUCGGAAGAAAGCGAGUAUUCCAUCGAGUUUGUUAAAGUGGAGGAAGACCAGCAGCAAGCCCUAUCAAGUUUCCCCGACGGUCCUCCACCUCUAGUCCCCUUAGAACCCACCAAAAGAGCCGACAAUAACGAAGCUCCAGUCAUGAAAACUCUACCAGAGGACCCUCCGCCCCUAAUCCCCAUCAAACCAAUCCUAAUCCCCGAUAAAAUCCUAUCAAACGUCAUCGACCCCCUCGAAAUAACCGUCAACUGUACCAGUUGUAACCAACAGUUCAACUCCUUAUCCGCAUUGAAAGACCACAAACUGAACGAUUGCAAGCAAAAGAACCUCAAGUGCAACAUAUGUCGUAAAGAAUUCAAAGAACGCAAACGUCUAAUUGGCCAUUUGAAAGGUCACAUGGUCGCUAAAGAUUACGGUUGCAAAAUCUGCGGGAAACGUUACCCUAAUCCCAGCACAUUUCGAGUCCACAUGCGCACACAUACGGGAGAAAGACCCUUCAAAUGCCAAAUCUGCAACAAGGGUUUUGUCCGGUGGGCCGGCGUCGUAGGGCAUAUGCGGACCCAUCAAUCCCACAAACCCUACAAGUGUGACACUUGCGGCAAGGGUUUCAAAAUUUCAUCAAACUUAGAACGCCACAAGGUUCUACAUGCGGAAAGUCUGCCCUACUGUUGCAAUUAUUGCGGGAAAACGUUUAGUCAGUCUGAUAAUUUGCAAUUACAUAUUCGGACCUACCAUACGAACGAACGGCCCUACCUUUGCAACGAGUGCGGAAAAGGAUUUGUGAGCUCUACAAGGUUGAACAGACACAUGUGGGUGCAUACAGGGUACAAGCCUUAUCGUUGCAAAGCUUGUCCUAAGGCGUAUUCAAAUUCAAACGAUUUAAAAAACCACGAAAGAUACCAUUUGGGGAAUCCUAACGAAGGUGAUAAACCCUAUAUAAUGGACGAAGAAAUCUCAACAAGUAUUUGUCGUGCAUGUUUGACCGAAUCGGGAGAAUUCCAGUCAAUCUUCGUCUCCGAUGAGAGAACCGGCACUUCCAUACAUAUUUCCGAAAUGAUGAUGGCAUUCGCUUCCGUCCAGGUGACACUCGGUGAUGGGCUACCAGAACAAAUCUGUACCACUUGCGCUAGAGACACUGUAAAUAUGUAUAUGUUCAAGUUAAAAUGUGAAGAAUCAGACAAAAUUCUGCGGAGUCGGCUAGGCAAGAGCCCCUUUCAGGAGCAGUUCACUAUAGAGGAGAAACACUUCGUGGAAACUAAGGGGGACGUGGACGUUUACAGUAUAGUUAUCAAGCCUGAACUGUCUUCAGAAGACUCGGAAGUUAACCAUGACCUGAGUGACGAUUUUGACCAUAUUAACGCACCGGAUAAAAGUGAUAGUGACUUAGACGCGUUUGAAUUUUUAGCCGACGAAGGGGACAAGGAAUACAAGUGCCCCCAUUGUCCCAAAGUGUUCAAUAAAGAAAGCGCAGCAAAUCGCCACAUAAAGACUCAUUCAGCCAUCAAAGCAUACAAGUGUGAUACAUGUGAUAAGAGAUUCUCGCGAAAUGACCUACUGUUGAGGCACAAAAUCGCCCACGCGAUGAAAAUGGACGAUCAAAAAUUCGAACUGGAGAACUUCAGUGAAGAAGAUCAGGAUCAGGAUGAAGAUACGAUUAUUAUUAAAACAGAAACAGCCCUUUAUCCAUGCGCCGAAUGCAAUCUUAUAUUUAUUAAGAAAGAGGAACUUGAAACACACAUUCAAAAUCAUGAAAAAGGUGGCGGGGAAUCUAUAGUUUGCAAAAUUUGUAUGAAAACAUUCAGCAAACAAGCGCAUUUGAAUCGACAUAAGAAAAUUCAUUCACAGAAUAAGCCACACGUGUGUCCAACGUGUAAUAAGGGAUUUGUGAGGGCGGAGCAACUUAAUAAUCACAGAAACAUACAUUCUGGAAUCAAACCGCAUGUCUGUGCUAUUUGUCUCAAAGGUUUUAACCAAAUAUCGAAUUUGAAAGACCACAUGCGCACCCACAACGGCGAAAAGCCCUUCUUGUGCUCUACUUGUGGCAAGGGCUUUAAUCAAUUGGGAAACCUUCGCCAACACACCAUCCGCCACAGCGGCAUCAAAGCCCACCUUUGCAGCACUUGUGGUAACGGUUUCGCCAGCAAAGGUGAACUUUCGGCCCAUCUGCGAAAACACACCGGCGCGCGCCCUUUUGUGUGCCCCAUCUGCAAUCACGGCUUCACGACGUCAAGUUCUUUAACAAAACACAAACGAAUCCACUCGGGGGAAAAACCGUACGAGUGUGACGUAUGCAAAAUGAAGUUCUCGCGAUCCGGAAUUUUAGCCAGACAUAAAAGGACACACACGGGAGAGAAACCUUACGUUUGCAAGUUUUGUACGAAAGCGUUUUCGCAGUCGAAUGAUUUGACGUCGCAUUUGCGGAUCCACACGGGGGAAAAACCGUACAUUUGCGAUGUAUGUGGACAGGCGUUUAGGCAGAGUUCUGCGUUGAAAACGCACAAGAAGACACAUCCCGAUAGGGAAGUUAUUGACACCAAGAUUGGGGUUAUGGGGCUUAUGCAUGCCCCAUUUUUAACGUAAACGAGGUGUAGUUAUAGUACUCUGUCUUACCAAUUUUUUAUUUAUUUAUUUUUAAAUAUACCAUUAUGUAAACAUUAAUUUCUCAACAUUUUAUCAGAUUGUUAUUUAUUUUAAGUCUAUUGCUCAAAUAGAGUCCAGAUU